AUCAGCUGAUGCCUGUGUCUAGGCAUUAUUGUCACAGGAGAUACAACAUGAACAAACACAAAAAUAUGUUUCAUGGAGAUUACAUUUUAGAAGAGACAGAAGUAUUUCCUGUUUUAUUUUCCCUUUAGCAUUGUCACUGAUGUAUAUUUUACUGAUUUGCCACAUUUAUUGUUUGCCCCCUCGAAAUAUAAGGUUCAAAAGGGAUUUUUGUCUUUUAUUUUCAGUUGUAUUAUAAGCACCUAGCACAAUACCUGGCACUUGGUGAGGACUCAGUUCAUAUUUCUUGUUUGAAUUAAUAAACUAAAAAUAUAAGAUAUGCAAGUAAUGAUAAAUAAAAUGGAGAAAUAUAAAGUGAAGGAAAUCAGAAAUAGUGCCAAUUGUGUGUAUUGAAUGAAGUGUCUGGAGGAAGGCUUUGCUAGAUGGGAAAUAUUUGAAGGGGAUAAGGGAGCUAGGCUUAUAGAUUCCUGGGAGAAGAGCUUAGGGAACAAUUAGUGUGAAGAUCCAAAGGCCAAGAUGAGGAGCAGAGCUGUAGGGCAAGAGAUGUAGGAAAAGUCAGAGGGGUGGUGAAGAGCCAGAAAAUGUGGGUAUUUGAAGACCGUUUUAAGAGUUUGGAGCAUUUGUUGUAAAAGAAAUGUGAAGCCAUCAUCAAAUUUUGCACUGAGAAAAGAUGUGGUCCUGCUUCUCAAAGGAUCACUUUCAUUGGUAUGUGAGAAGAAUCUAUAGGAGGCCAAGGACAGAAGCUGGGAGACCAGCGUGGGAUGUGGUAAUGCCUGCCAGCCUUCUCAGAGCCCUGGCCAGAUCCCACAGUGUAUUAUCAAAAGUACAUCAGUGCCGAAGACUUGUUCAUCUAACGUUACCGCUCAAGGAACUUGAGGAUAAAAUAUGCAGCAACCCCCUGACAGUACACCAAAACUUGGAUUCAUUCUUUCCUGUUGCAGCAGCUGGUGGUUUGAAUGAGCCCCAGAUCCUGGAAAUGAACUGGAAAAUAUCAGAUAUAACCAAACUCUGUCCAUUAAAUACUGUAUAUUGCCAGCAUGAGAAAGCAGGUCUUCCAUCCAUGAAAUCGUAUCCUGCUCACAGGAAGGGGACCCACAAACCUAAUCUAUUGGGUUCUAAGUGGUUUAUAAAAAUAUUAAAGAGGCAUUGUUCAUCUACUUCAACUGAAACAGUUGUUCCAAAGCAAGACUUUCCGCAGAUCAAGAGACCACUGAAAGCAUCCAGGACCAGGCAGCCAUCCCGGACCAACCUUCCAGUUCUCUCUGUGAGCGAGAACCUGAUGCACUGCACAGCAUUUGCCACAGCAGACGAGUACCAUCUGGGAAAUCUGUCUCAAGAGCUGGUCGCCCAUGGAUACAUUGAAGUAACAAGCUUGCCUAGAGAUGCAGCAAAUAUUUUGGUGAUGGGUGUGGAAAGUUCUGCAAAAGAAGGUGAUCCUGGAACAAUAUUCUUCUUCAGGGAAGGAGCUGCUGUGUUUUGGAAUGUGAAAGAUAAAACUAUGAAGCAUGUAAUGCAAGUUCUAGAGAAACAUGAAAUUCGGCCUUAUGAGAUUGCAUUGGUACACUGGGAAAAUGAAGAGCUUAACUACAUAAAAAUAGAAGGUCAGUCAAAACUUCACAGAGGGGAGAUCAAUUUAAAUUCGGAGCUGGAUUUAGAUGAUGCCAUUCUAGAGAAAUUUGCUUUCUCCAAUGCCCUUUGUCUUUCAGUGAAACUGGCUAUUUGGGAAGUGACACUGGAUAAAUUUAUUGAGUCUAUUCAGUCUAUUCCAGAGGCUUUAAAAGCUGGCAAGAAAGUGAAACUGUCUCAUAAAGAAGUUAUGCAGAAAAUGGGUGAACUCUUUGCCCUAAGACACCGUAUAAACUUGAGUUCAGACUUCCUGAUCACUCCUGAUUUCUACUGGGACAGGGAAAACUUGGAGGAACUUUAUGAUAAAACUUGUCAAUUCCUUAGCAUUACUCGAAGAGUUAAGGUCAUGAAUGAAAAACUUCAGCACUGCAUGGAAUUAACAGAUCUAAUGCGGAAUCAUCUGAAUGAGAAGAGGGCACUGCGCUUGGAGUGGAUGAUCGUCAUCCUCAUCACCAUCGAGGUAAUGUUUGAGCUGGGACGAGUAUUUUUCUGAUCCUGUGAUAACCAAAGAGAGAUUCAAGAGAUAUUCAAGUUCUGCAAUCAAAAAUGAACAUUCACUACUGGGUGAUCUCUUAUUUAAUAGAUAUUUAAUUAUUUCAAAUAUCAAGAAAUUGUUACAAUGGUCUUUUUCAGCUCUAAAUAUAUUAUUGCUUGAAUAAAAAUUAG